AUGAAUGAAGUAUUGAGUGAGAGAGAGAUUGAGGAAAGGGAUGCCAUCUGGGGCACAAGAGAUUUGAAAGCCAGGGUAACCACAAUAAGGUUCUUGUGUUCCUUGGAUGUAAAAAGGAUAGCUUAUAGUUUGGUUGCUGUUGGGGCAAGAUUUGGGUGCACAUGCAUCGAAUUGAUGAUCGACAAAACAGGAGGUGAUUUGGGCAAGGAGAUAGAAGAUGAUGACGUAGGAAUGGACGAGGGGAGAGGAGAGGGGUUUGAGGUUAAAGAAAAGGGUGUUUUGGUUCAUGUCGGAGGGUUUUCUUUCUAG